CCGCCAACUCGAUAGAAAGCAACACAUAGUCAUAGUUAACUUGAUUUUUGGCACACAUGGGGCAAAAUCGACGCGAAUUAAAUUGUGUUGUUAUGUUUAGUGUCAACAAGUGAAAAUAAUGUGGAUUUAUAAUAAUUAAGAACCAUAGAAACAAUAAAAAUCGUCAUCAUAUAUCGCAGAUAAUAUUGUUAAAAAUGUUUAGAUGUGGACAAUGGAUUAAGUUUUGUGUUUAAGUGUUCGAAAAGGAUUAAAACUGUUGCGUUACGAUCAAGCGGACAUUUUCAGAAAAAUGGUGCUGGAAUCUGGUGUAUUGCCGCCCCCGUUGCAAUUAUAUGCGGCGGCGGCGGCCCAUUUGGCGCCCAGACCGCCCUGGGCGCCCCUGUUACAAUUUCCGGGCGCCGCCACUUUACUAGGUAUGCCUGGAGCUUUUUCGCCUUUGAACAGGCCGAGGUACCCACCGGGCCUGGGGCCCGGCAUGCGGGCCCCUCCAGGACCGCCUUCGGAGGAUAGCGGCAGCGAAACGCAUGGAAAAGGUGGUGCGUGUAGCAGUGGGGAGGCAGAUUCUGAAAGUGCGGCGUCUAAAAGAAGAAGAAGUCGAACGAAUUUCAAUAGUUGGCAGUUGGAAGAAUUGGAGAGGGCCUUUGUGGCAAGUCAUUAUCCCGACGUGUUCAUGAGGGAGGCAUUAGCAAUGAGACUGGACCUGAAAGAAAGUAGAGUAGCUGUGUGGUUCCAAAACCGCCGCGCCAAAUGGAGAAAGAAGGAGCACACGAAAAAGGGCCCCGGCCGGCCCGCUCACAACGCACACCCGCAAUCCUGCUCCGGCGAGCCGAUACCCCCCAACGAGCUCCGCGCCCGCGAGCGCGCCCGCCGCCGGAAAAAGCUCCAAAAAGCGCUCGAACGGCAAGCGAGGAAGCUGCGCGCCAAAGGCAUCGCGGUCGACCUGGUGGCGCUCAAGAGAGAGUACCUCACUCAGCGGGGAGUCGACGCGCUGGACAGCGACAGCGACAUCGACGUGGUGGGGGACUCGGGGGCGGAGUCGGAGAGUUUCAACGGCAACGACGCCGAUUUGUACUCGAACGCGUCCGAGUCCGGCGUCGAUCUCACGGCGGCGACGCAGGACGAGAAGAUGCGCCGACCGAACCCUUUCAGCAUAGAGUCCUUGUUGAAUAACACUUGAAAGGAUCCUAUGGACAGUUGUUAUGGUUAAUAUGUUGUGCAAUAAUGUUUCUUUCACACAUU